UGGAUAUAAAUUCGAACGGAAGUUAUAUCGUGCAUAGUUGUGAUUGUUUUCGCAAGAAGUGCUAGAAAGAAAUAUAAAACCAUCGAUUAAUUUUUUAUAAAAGUGUUUCGUGUAUAAUCCGUAAUAAAAAUAUUUUACGACAUGAACGCUAUUAGCAAGAUUAGAAGCUACGCAAUUUUCGCGGCAUUUCUAUUUUUCAUCGAAAGUGUCCACAGUUUACAAUGCUAUCAAUGCAUCAGCACAAACAACUCGCAUCCCUUCCAAUGCAACGAAUUUCUUUCGAGCGACAUCGAUAUCAAGCCAGAGCCUUGUGAUGCUGUUUUCGAGGCACAAUAUUGUGUGAAGCAUACAGGCCGAUUCGAGGCGACUACUCUGGAUUGCUAUCAGUGUACAUCGGAAGAAGAACUGAGCUGCGGAGAUAGUAAAUUGGUAUUAAGUACCUUACGACCAGCGAACUGCAAUCAUGUUUACGAUGCACAAUACUGCAUCAAAUCAAUCGGACUAUUCGGAGGUGGAAUAGGCACAAAAAGAUUUUGUUCAGCACUGGAUUUGGGGAAUUAUUGCGAUUAUGUGAAUCAACAAGGUGACAAGUUAACUUAUCGAACUUGUAUUUAUACUUGUGCCGGCGAUGGAUGCAAUCCAGCGACAAUGUUGAAACCAAGUAUUUCGUGGAUGGUAUUAGUUGGAUUAUUAAUAAUUUAUAAAUUAUUCCUUAAAAGAUAAAUAUUUAUAUCAUUAAAAAUAAUAAUUUUUUGAGUGCAUUUUAUGAUAAAUUCAUGAUGAAUAUUAUUCGUUCGUGUUAAUAUGAAUAGAAUAAAUAUUAAUCUUUAAGGGAAUAAUUCAUACUAGAUUUAUUUCAUAAGAUAAUAUUGACGUAUCUUCUCUUUCUGAUAGAAUUUUAAAUAAAGAUAUUAUUUAGCUGUAAUAAUAUAUAAUUAUAAUGUUAACACAUUUUAUAAUAUGAAUUUUGUAACUUAAUUGAAGAAUAUUUAGACUGUGUCAUUAUAUUUUUCUCAUAUGAUAUGAUUAUAAAUACGAAUAAGAAAUAGGUUAACUAUUCUUAAAAUCGAAUUUUAAUAGGAUUAAAUUUUUAUUCGUACACAUCUAACCUAUUAAAUUGUGUACUUAUAUGCAUAUAAUUAU